GAGUUGAGUAGUGAGUGGGUAGCAGUUGAGACUUUUGGGACUUUUACAGAUAAGCCGAUUAUUUGACUUUGAGCCAAGCGAGCAGGCCAGGCCCCACCAUCAAUCUCUCUCUCUCUUAUUAUUUUUUUUUUUUUGGUUGUGUGUGUUUUCAGCUAAACCAAAUCGCUGUAAUCAAAGAUUUAUUAAUUAGAUGAGUAACAGAACAAAAACUUCAAUAUAAGGGAAGUCAAUUUGUCAUUUCCCCACAACUCAUGUUUGGGUUUAGUGUGUCUUACAAUAAACAAUUCCACUAGAGCCAGCCACCAACAAGGUCAAUGUUGAGAGAGAGAGAGAGAGAGAGUAGUGGGGUAAAUGUAAUCAAUUGAGGUAUGUUUUUGGAUUCACUACUGUAGUAAAUGUGUUUGUUGUGGAAGGUCUACCUUAAAUUUGCUUGCAGAAAAGAAGAAUGACAGAUGCUCGACUCACACAAAUUUUCAAGUUUUGAGAGCUCAUAGCUUGCUCGGGUGAUUCAACAACAAGAGGGUUCGAAUUGAGUGCCCUUUAUCUGGGCUCAGUGAGUAGAUGGCUUCACCAAUAAAGGGGAAAAAAGCUCCAUUGCAUUCUCUCUCCCUAUGUCAUUUUGAAUUUUCUUGACUUGUAAGAGCAAACAAGGGGGAUGAAAGCAAGAUUUAAUGCAUCUCUCUCUAUGGAAACCACUCUCUCAUUGUGCUGCACUGCUACUGGAUAGAAAGAGCAGAAAAAGAGAUGGUUCUGAGCAUUCAAAUGAGGAAAUUCAGGCCACCAAUCCAUCAAUUCUGAGGAAAUUGCAAGAAGACAAAUUGAGGGAGGCCCUUGAAGAAGCUUCUGAAGAUGGCUCCCUUGUUAAGUCCCAAGACAUUGAUGCUGAGUCAUUGGCCAAUCAAGACGAGGGCUUAGGCCGUUCGCGGUCACUGGCACGGCUAAAUGUCCAGAAGGAGUUCCUUACAGCCACUGCUCUUGCAGCUGAGCGCACAUUUGAGUCGGGGGACUCAAUUCCAGAGCUCACUGUGGCCUUCUCCAAGUUCCUGACGAUGUAUCCCAAAUACCAGUCAUCGGAGAGGAUUGAUCAGCUGAGGCAGGAUGAGUACUCGCAUCUCCUUGGGGCUGGUUCAAAGGUAUGCCUUGAUUACUGUGGAUUUGGGUUGUUUUCAUUGCUGCAAAGUGUCCAUUAUUUGGAAUCAUCUGCGUUUAGUUUGUCUGAGAUCACGGCUAAUUUAAGUAAUCAUGCUUUGUAUGGGGGAGCUGAGAUUGGGACGGUAGAGUAUGAUAUCAAGGCUAGGAUUAUGGAUUAUUUGAACAUCCCUGAGAAUGAAUACGGCCUUGUUUUCACUGUGAGCCGCGGCUCAGCCUUCAAGUUGCUUGCUGAAUCAUACCCGUUUCACACUAACAAGAGAUUGUUGACCAUGUUUGAUCACGAGAGCCAAUCCGUGAAUUGGAUGGCUCAGAGUGCUAGAGAGAAAGGUGCCAAGGUUCAAAGCGCGUGGUUUAGAUGGCCUACUCUCAAGCUCUGUUCGACUGACUUGAGGAAGCAGAUAUCGAACAAAAAGAAGAGGAAGAAAGAUUCAGCAACCGGUCUUUUUGUGUUCCCUGUUCAGUCGAGAGUCACUGGUGCCAAGUACUCAUAUCAGUGGAUGGCUCUUGCCCAACAGAACAAUUGGCAUGUGUUGCUUGAUGCUGGAGCAUUGGGCCCAAAGGACAUGGAUUCUCUUGGAUUGUCCUUGUUCCGGCCGGACUUCAUCAUCACGUCAUUCUACAGGGUGUUCGGUUAUGAUCCAACUGGUUUUGGAUGCCUUCUGAUCAAGAAAUCUGUGAUGAGCAGUCUUCAAAAUCAGUCGGGUCAUACUGGGUCGGGUAUAGUGAAAAUAAGCCCCGUCUUUCCUCUCUACCUGAGUGAUUCUAUGGAUAAUAUCCCUGGUUUCGGAUUUGAUGAGGAUGAAGAAGUGAGCGGGGCUGGUGAAGUGAAUUCUGAAAAUCGUCCAGGAUCUCAGUUGCCGGCCUUUUCUGGUGCUUACACUUCUGCUCAGGUGAGGGACGUAUUCGAGACUGAGAUGGAGCAUGAUAAUAGCUCUGACAGGGACGGCGCAAGCACCAUAUUUGAAGAAACUGAAAGUGUUUCUGUUGGAGAGAUGAUGAAAAGUCCAGUCUUCAGUGAAGACGAAUCAUCGGAUAACUCACUUUGGAUUGAUGUGGGUCAGAGUCCAGUAGGGUCGGAUACUGCAGCUCCUUCAAAUAAACAUAAGGCCUCCUCUCCUCUACCACCGGCUUGGUUUAGUCGGAAGAACAAUAAACUCACUUCUCCAAAUGCCUCAAAGUUACCAAGCAGCGUAAUGUACGACAAGGAUGGGCAUCAUGAGGACCGGCAUGUACUAUCAUUUGACGCUGCUGUUCGAUCUGUUUCUCAAGACCUAGACCAUUUCAAGGAGAUACCUGAAGAAGAGCCGUUCUCCGAGGGAUAUCCCGCCUCACGAGAAUAUAGGACUCCGGAUAAUCAGCAAUUCCAAGAGAUUGAAGAAGAAGUCGAUAUCAGCAAUUCAACGAGCUCUGCUGUUAGGGGCUCCAAUCAUCUCACUGCUCAGAAUGGCUGUGCUUCUGAAAUAUGCCUCGAGAAAGAGAGCGCUAUAAGACGAGAGACAGAGGGAGAAUUUAGGUUGCUGGAAAGGCGAGAAAAGAGUAGAAUUGCCGGAGGCAGGUUUUUCGGGAUAGAGGAGAGUGAGGCAGCUGGAAACAAAGGGAGAAGGGUAUCCUUUAGCACAGAAGACAACCACAGAGCUCAUAUUGGUCAAGCUCUCGAGCCAGGAGAAACAUCUCCCAAUAGUAUAGACGAUGAUGACUAUUUGAGCAACGGGGAAUAUGACGAGCAAGAAUCAGAAAGGGGUGAGCCCGAGAUAAUCUGCAAGCAUCUGGAUCAUAUAAAUAUGUUGGGCCUCAACAAGACCACCUCCCGGCUCCGUUUCUUGAUCAAUUGGCUUGUAACCUCUCUGCUGCAACUAAGAUUGCCUAGUUCGGGUGGGAAAGAUAGCGCUCCGCUUGUUCACAUAUAUGGCCCAAAGAUUAAAUACGAAAGAGGUGCUGCAGUUGCUUUCAAUGUGAGGGACAGAAAUAGGGGUCUGAUCAGUCCAGAAGUUGUACAAAAGCUGGCUGAAUCGUAUGGUAUUUCUCUUGGUGUCGGAAUACUCAGUCACAUACGUAUCAUAGAAGGCUCCAAACAGCGCAGAUCUUUUAGUCUUGAUGACACCACCCUUUGCAAGCCGAUGGCGAAUGGCAGACUUGACGGUAAAAGUGGAUUCAUCAGAGUUGAGGUUGUCACUGCUUCACUUGCAUUUUUGAGUAAUUUUGAUGAUGUAUAUAAGUUGUGGGCUUUUGUGGCUAGAUUUAUCGACCCAAAUUUCGUGAAAGAGGGAGUCUUGCCAUCUGUUUUAGAAGAGGCUGAAGAAUGAGACGGGGAUACGACACUAAUGCCCUCGUUACACCAUUGCUGCUGCUAGCAGAAGAUGCAGACUCACUAAGUUGAACAGCAAUGAAGCAUGGAAAAGUUUUUUUUGCCCCUUUUGCAUUGUCGCUGCUCUGUGCGUGUCGUCGUUCUUGAUUUUUGUUGCUUGUAUUUCGCCGUUUCACUUCGACUUGUAGAGUAUUGUUUCAAAUUUUUGUAUCAUUUCACAUAUUUAGUAUGAACUGAAGCAGAUACACGUUAGCAGCAUUACAAUCCUAUAUUCAGAAUGAAUUGUUGACCCCCACUGCUUUCUGCUGUAUAAAAAUCAUUAUCAUCCA